AUGGACUUCUGGGUUGCGUUGCAGUUACGGACUGCCCGUGCAUCUGGUUUGCGCGAUGAUCUCACCGCACAUCUAGAAGCAUCUCGAUUCCACUUCCCAACUGAUGUCGUAGAUUCUCGAUCUGGUCUCGAAGAUAUUAAGCGAAUGCAAUCGGAACACGAAGUAAUGAAGCCCUAUGACCACUUUUUUUUUGUAAACAAGGCUAAAUACGAGAGGCGACCACACAAUCGACGUGUCUUGUAUUGGGAUAAAUUGUCAAUAAAGUAUCCAUUUACAUUUGAAUAUGAAGAACUCGUCAAUGACUGGCUAGCGGCAAAGGUAUGA